AUGACGACGGUACUCCCUGCCAGCCUCAGUGGCGAUGAGCUCAUCAAGAAGUACAUUGGCGCCGGAACGUGGGCCUUUAUCGAGGACAAGUUCUCGCCCUUCGGCAAGGAGACACUGGUCAAGGUGAUCCGCUUCAUUGUCGACGAGUGCAUCCCCGCCGAGAAGCUCUACCACGCCCAGGUCUCUACCGACCCCGAGAAGCGAUGGAAGAUCGUGCCCGAAGUGGUGGAGCAGCUCAAGAAGAAGGCCAAGGCGCAGGGUCUCUGGAACCUCUUCCUGUCCGGCAAGCACUACCCCGAUGUCGGUUCGCCGCUCACCAACCUCGAGUACGCCGUCAUCGCCGAGAUGACGGGACGAUGCUCCCACUUUGCCUCCGAGUCGCUCAACUGCGCGGCACCGGACACUGGAAACAUGGAGGUGUUUGCCAAGUACGGCGAUCAGAAGCAAAAGCAGACGUGGCUCACACCGUUGCUCAACGGUGAGAUCCGAUCUGCAUUCGCCAUGACUGAGCGCUUCAUCGCCUCGUCGGAUGCCACCAACAUCCGCACCUCGAUCCGCCAGGAGGGCAACGAGAUCGUGAUCAACGGCCACAAGUGGUGGAUCUCGGGCGCAGGUGACCCGCGAUGUGCCGUCCACCUGGUCAUGGGCAAGUCGGAUCCAGAGAACAGCAACAGCCACCAGCAGCAGAGUCUGGUCAUCGUGCCCGCCAACGCGCCCGGUGUCAAGGUGAUCAGGCCCAUGCAGGUGUUUGGCUACGACGAUGCACCCGAGGGCCACUGCGAGGUCAUCUACGACAACGUCCGCGUACCGCUCAGCAACCUCGUUCUGGGCUGGGGUAAAGGAUUUGAGAUCAUCCAAGGACGUCUCGGACCCGGCCGUAUUCACCACUGCAUGCGCACCAUCGGCACCGCCGAGCGCGCGCUCGAUCUCAUGCUCGCUCGCUGCACCGACCAGCGCAAGAAGGCGUUCGGAAAGAUGCUCUCGGAACACGGCACCAUUGUGCAGAACAUCGCAUGGGCACGCAUCAAGAUCGAACAGGCGCGUCUGCUCGUCCUCUCGGCCGCCAACAUGAUCGACAAGACCAACGCCAAGGGUGCCAUGCGCGAGAUCGGUAUGAGCAAGGUCGCCGUGGUCAACGACGCGCUCAAGGUGCUCGACAUGUCGAUGCAGGCGCACGGCGCCGAAGGUGUUUCGCAGGAUACCAUGCUGGCGUACGCCUACGCGCAGUUGCGUACGCUGCGAUACGCUGACGGUCCCGAUGAGGUGCACCUCCAGCAGCUGGGUAAGCUCGAGCUGCGAAGGGCACCCGAGGUAUGGGAGAGGAUCAACAAGACCAACGCCAUCUCGGAUGCGUUGCUUGCCAAGGCUGGAAUCAAGUCUCAUCUUUGA